AUGAGGCCGCGAGGGCGACGCGGCGGGCGCCUACGCCAUGCUGCUGACGAGCCCCGAGGCGGGCAAGGGCGCGUGGGGGUCGAUGCAGCGGCGGCAGCAGGAGGCGGCGGCGGCGGCGGCGCAGGUCGGCGCCAAGCCCCGCGGCGCCGUCGGCGACAAGACGCCCAUCGUGCCCGAGGAGGAGCUGCCGCAGUAGCACCUCGGUACGCCGCCUUCUUCCUCUUCUUCUUCUACUUAGUAGCAGGCACCGGUAUCUCCACUGGGAGAUGCCCAGUGAUAGACGCGCAGGCUGCCCUCAACGCACCCACAGGUGCAGUCAGCUCCGAGAACCGACUCUUUAAGAUCCGACUUGGAGAGCCGCUUGGCCUGGGGCUCGGAGCGGAUCUUGGCUUCAGUCGAUGUUUUCUCCACAGGCGUCACUUCGGGGUCGGACGUUUCGGACGCGUGUGUGGAAGUUCUGUGUUGUCACCAUGUGUGAGGUAUGGAUACAUUCCGUGCAGUAUUGCACGUUUAGAGUCUUCGUUUGGUGUGGAAUACUAUACAUUUGUUACAACAGAUUGUAAUGCGCUGUUAAGUGAUUAUAUAUUUUAAUGUUUUCAAUAUUAUAAUGUGUCAUUAUAUUUGAAGUGCUUUGGUGUGUAAAAAUGUCGCUUGUUUUGUAUAUUCACCAAAAAACGGAGAGCCCGAUGCUUCCUAUUGAAAAUAUUCCUGGUAAUACAAUUACUUUCUGAAUCUUGCAAUCAAGCAAUGCUUUAUGACUUUAAAUAUUUUGAUGGUAGUAAUAUUAGUAUCAAUCUCAAUACAUCACUGAAAUCUUAAAUUUUACCGUUCAGAUUUCUUAUGGAUCUGAUACGCAUGAUCUGCAUAUGUAAAUUAAAAGACCGAUGGGUGAUAACGUUUGUCUGUGUUCUGUUGAUAUGCUAAUACAGACAAUUACCAUGUCAGACACCUAUUAUUAGUUCGUGUAGAAAAACAGCUGGAAUAAACUCUGGUUGAUGAUUUCUGAAUCUGAAUGCCUAAUUGUGCGAUGAUCUGAUCCAAUGUCUCGUGUGGCCACAUGUGGCACAGUAGAAACUAACGUUGCCAGACUUAGUCUGCAAAAUACUAUAUUUACAGUCAUUUUAAAAUAACUGAGUCUUUUUGUCUCUGUAUCACAAGAAGAAACAAAAUUAAAGUCAAAAAGUGGAAAAACCUUUAUUUGAGUUCAUCUAGGCUAAAAUCCUAAUUUUUCCGUUCUUCAAAACUCUCGCAAACUUCAGUACCUUAGUUUUGAAAUCUAUGAAUAAAUGGUGAUCAUUAAACUUGAUUGGUUUUUAACCUUAUAGUUUUUUAUUCUUCACAAUUCAUUGGCGAUGGUGCAAAAAAUAACAAAUAAUUAUUUAUCAUUUUUGUAUAAUCAUAACAAUGACAAUGGACUGUGUAUAAAUCUAUAUGUGAAAGUAUAUUUUGAAAAAAAUCCUUAGUUUAAGGCUGAUUGUAAUAGGGAAAAUGAGUAUAUCACCAAAAAGCCUAAAUAAAUGAAAUAUAUUAUGAUAAAAUAUUUCUGAUAAUUCUAGCAAUCUUCAUUACAACUUUUUGAAGACUGAUUUUCCAUUGAAAUACAGUGAUUCGAACAAUGUGAUAUCGACAUUAACUAUUGAUGUUAUGAAUUUUCCUGAGAUGAUGUUCCAAGAGACUUUUACCAUCUGACAGUAGGCCUAUAUUAUCUACUACGUAAAUAUAUGUCAAAUAUAUAAUUGUUGAAACUACAUAAAUAACCGACAAACACACAGCAAGUUUGCAUAGAUUCAAAAAAAGUAUUUGUAUUAUCAGGGAUUGUAUGUCAUAUCUUCGUAUUUUCAUAUCAGUUGUUGUGGAAGUGAGGCCUGUUACAGUUAGCCUUUGGUAUCAAAGAUUCUUGUAGUGUGAAAUGUAUUCAUUUGAUUAAACUUAGAAACCCAAAUCUAUCCUCUUCGUGAAAGUAUCCAAAUGGUAAUAAUGUAAAAGUUAUAAAAUAUGUCUAGUUUCGUACUUUCUAUAAAACUUAUAAACAAAAUUUCAAAAAUGUACAAACAACAAACACUACUUAAUGCAGGGUUCCUGUAAACAGAUUGAUAUUUAUUUUCAUCCAGGAGUACAUCUAUUCUUUUUACCGCUAGUUACCGUACAUGGAGUAUUCUAAAAUAUGUUAUAGUGUAUAUUGUUAAUAGACCAUGUAUUUUUCUGGAGAGAAAUAAUUACAUAAUGCAAGUCUAUGCUGUCUCAGAUUUGUAUAUGUCUUCCAAAUCCUUCGCAAUGCAGUAGAACUAAGAGUGAGUUCUUACACGCCCGCUGAUUGAAAGAGAAAGAACGAGAACAAGAGACAACGUCUUCAUCAGUGCAUCCCUCCAUCGUAUUUUGUUCCCACUAAACACUUUUACUUUCUCGCACUUACGAACAUAAGAAGAGAAGGUAUUGUAAUCGUGCGCCGGAAAACGGCACAUUUU